GUGAAAAUGAAAAAAAAGAGGAUGAGGACAAAUUAGAAAACCAGAUUAUUCGGAGGGUUGGUGACCUAGUUUACAACAUUUUUGACAAUAAAUUAGGAGGAUUUUUGCAAGAGAUUAGUGAUAAAUACUUAACUAAUUACCUUUCCCAACUAAAAAAAGUUGAUUUUGCCAAAAUACCUAAUUUAAAAGAUUUUGACAAUCUUAUUAGGCAUUUUUUUAAUACUUCGGCUUUGGUUCGCUUACAAAACCAAAAUAAUUCCUUGGCAGUUAUUUCUGACGGUUUAGUAUCCAGUGUAAUGGGAUUGGGAGGCCGUAAUGCGGUUAAUGCUACCUUGGCUGCUCGUAAUGUCGAUGCUUCUUUUAUCGGUCGUUAUGACCCGAACGAAACUCCCGAAGGUCGCAAUACUGGUUUGGUGCGUCGAAUAACUACCGGUGCUGAAAUAAAUGAGGACGGACAAAUAACGACUCCUUAUUUUCCCGUUAAGAAUGGA